AGGGGAUUAAAAGGGUUUAAAGCACUAAAAACAUAAUAAAAUAUGUCCUUUUUUGAUACAUUUGUUCAACUUCCUUUAUCAAUUAAUGAAGGACGAGUAGUUUCAGUAGAAAAGGAUCUAAUGGAGAAACUUGAGCCUUUUAAUCAUCUUGUUAAAUCAAUUACUUUAAAUCAAUGUCCGGAAGAUAUACCAUUACCGCCGAAUCAAGUGCAUCCUAAACGAUCUAUUCAUAUUAAUCGGCUAAAAGAAUCGGGUUCAGAACAUUCUCGUAGAAAAAAUUAUGAUGAGGCAGUUAAAUUUUUUACACUUGCUAUAGAAAUGGCAUAUGGACGUCCUCAUUGGGAGCCGGCAGCUUUAAGUAGGGAUGAGCUAGCAACGGCAUUUUAUGAGAGAUGUAAUGUAUAUCUUGCAUCUAAACAGUGGAAAAAUGCAUUUGUUGAUGCAUCAACUGUUAUUGGGAUUCGAAAAGCUUGGAGUAAAGGACAUCUUUGUAAAUCAAAAGCACUACAAGGGAUGGGAAUAUUAGAUAAAGCAAAAGAAUCACUUGAAUUUGGACUAAGUUUUGAGCCGAAAAAUGAUGAAUUAUUAACAGCUCUUAAAGAAUUAAAUAGACAGUUAGAAAGAUAUUCUUAAAUAUAAUUUAAUAUAUAUUAUAAAAUAUGUCUUUAAAUUAAUGCCA